AUGUCCUCAUCCUCUUCUUCUUCUCCCUCCCCUCCAUCCUCCUCCCUUACCUCCAUCGCCAAAUCCCGUCUCGCCUCUCUCACAUCGCACAUCAUGGGUUCCGCAGGUGCCUCCGUCUUUUCCACCUCUGUCGUGCCCUCUGCCCCCGAGGAUCCCCUCUUUGGACUCGCCCAAGCUUAUCGCCAGGAUCCCUCCGACAAGAAGGUGGAUCUGGUCAUCGGUGCUUAUCGCGAUGACAAUGCGAAGCCGUGGGUGCUCCCCGUCGUCAAGAAGGCCGAUGACCUCAUUCGCAACGACCCCAACCUCAACCACGAAUACCUCCCCAUCAAGGGCCUCGCCGAAUACACCACAGCCGCACAGAAGCUCAUCAUAGGCGCGCAAUCCCCGGCCAUCGCCGAGAACCGCGUGUCAACGUUCCAAACCAUCUCCGGCACAGGCGCCGUCCACCUCGGUGCCCUCUUCCUGUCCAAAUUCCACCCAACCCGCCCAACCCUCUACCUCUCCAACCCUACCUGGGCCAACCACCACCAAAUUUUCACAAAUGUCGGCUUCUCCCUUGCAAACUACCCUUACUUCGACCCCAAGACAAAAGGCCUAGACUUCAAUGGCCUCCUCUCCACCCUCCGCUCCGCCCCCAAGGGCUCCAUCAUCCUCCUCCACGCCUGCGCCCACAACCCCACAGGCGUAGACCUCACGCAAGAGCAAUGGAAGGAAGUCGCUGUCGUCAUGGCCGAGCGUGCCCACUUCCCUUUCUUCGAUUGCGCCUACCAGGGCUUCGCGUCCGGCGACCUCUCCCGCGACGCCUGGGCAAUCCGCUACUUCAUCGAGCAGGGCUUUGAGCUGUGCAUCGCGCAAUCCUUUGCGAAGAACUUUGGCCUGUACGGUGAGCGCACGGGCGCCUUCCAUUUCGUCUCGGCCCCCGGCCCCGAGGCUUCGCAGUCCGCCGCCCACGUCGCCAGCCAGCUUGCCAUCCUGCAGCGCUCUGAAAUCUCAAACCCGCCCGCCUACGGCGCGCGCAUUGCGAGCCGCGUGCUGAACGAUCCGGAGCUCUUUGCGCAGUGGGAAGAGGAUCUGCGGACGAUGAGUGGGCGCAUUGCGGAGAUGCGCAAGGGGUUACGUGAGAGGUUAGAGGCCAAGGGCACGCCCGGUUCUUGGGUGCACAUUACCGAUCAGAUUGGCAUGUUCAGCUUUACUGGGUUGACCGAAGCCCAGGUGAAGGUCUUGAGAGAGAAGUGGCAUGUUUAUAUGACCAAGAACGGUCGUAUUUCCAUGGCCGGCCUGAACACGCACAACCUCGACUAUUUCGCCGAGGCUGUAGAUAGCGUCGUGCGGGAGACGUCAUAA